AUGGCUGCCCGUAACGCCAUAACUCUCGUGCAGAAAUCCAAGGCUUCAGCCCCAGAGAUCCUACAGCUACGAUGUCACAUCCGGCCAGGCGCAAGCAAAGUACGCGAGGGAGUUGCUGCUGUUACGGAUGAGUGCAUCGAAAUGUGUGUUGCGGCUCCACCACAAGACGGAAAGGCGAACAAGGCCGUGGUUGAGAUUCUAAGCGAGAUCCUAGGCGUCCCAAAAUCAGACUUACAAAUUACGCACGGGAUGAAGAACAGGGACAAGACCAUCAGCAUCGCCAGCGCCUGCUUCCGGCGCGGAAAGGACAUGGAAGGCAGUGAAGACAUAGUAGCCAUGGUUAGACAGAAGCUGCUCAGUCAAGAGUCGUCAUAA